GUAAUGAAAUAAGUAAACGGUAGCAAAUUGGUAAACAUGAUCAUCCACGUCAACUCAUGAGGGUGGUCCCAAUCCCAUGAAGAAGGAAAGCUAUACAAAGGAAGAGAAGAUAUAUAUACUUGGUGUAGAUUUCUUCUCCUUUGCCAAUGAUAUAAGACAAGACUUUCUCAUCAUUAAUACAUAUCCUUACUUCAAACUUCGGACAGCCACAAGAUGAUCCAACUACUUUUACCAACCACUAACUAUGCGCCAAGUGUUCACUUCCAGUAUUCUAUAUAACAGUCUCAUUAGCCUUCCCUCCUUUGUGAUUACACUAACAGAGUGUUUAGUCUUUAUUAUGUUGAAAGAAGAGACCAACGAGAGUGGCUUUGUGGCGGGUAAAGAAGACGAUGAGGCUGAUAGAGAGGUGGCUUCAUGGUUGAUGCUGAAUGCAGAGAAAGACAGUGAUAAUCACAACAAUGGGUUCUUGUUUGGUGUUGAGUAUCUUGACCUUGUGGACUACAGCAGCAGCGUAGACAACCAGUUCGAAGAUCAGUACAGUCACUACCAGAGGAGCUUUGGGGGAGAAGAUGGAGUUGUACCACUUCAAGUUGAAGAACCAAAAAGUUACCAAAAACAAAGCCAUCACAACUAUGGUCACUACAACUACAAUGGUUCCUUAAAGGACCUAAACCAUACUGUAUCUGUUUCAUCAAUGGACAUCACUGUUGUGCCAGAGUCAACAGAGAGUGACACAACAGUCCAAUACUAUAAAGAGACGAUAGACCAACUAUUUGGCCCACCUACUCAGAUGGUGCAGCAGCUAACUCCAGCGGACAGGGAGGCUAGGGUCCAGAGAUACAGAGAGAAGAAGAAGAGGAGGAAGUUCGAGAAGACAAUAAGGUAUGCUUCAAGAAAGGCAUAUGCAGAAAUAAGACCACGGAUCAAGGGACGUUUUGCAAAGAGGACAGAAACUGAAGCUGAUGCAGAACAACUCUUUUCAACAUCUCUAAUGGCCGGAUAUGGAAUUGUUCCUUCAUUUUGAACUCUUACGGCAGAGGUAGAUGAACUAGAUUGCAUGCUGUAAAUUAAUUCUAGUUUGGAUUUUAUUACAAGUAGUUAUAUUACCACUGUUUCACGUGUGGAUCCUUUGGUUUUGUGACUUUUGUAAUAUUAUUACGAGUUAAUCAGACGUGUUCACAUA